AUGCGAACUGCGCUUACAAUAGCUCUAUUGGGCGUGGCCACCGUGCUCGUUCGCUUUGACAAUCCAUUGCAAACUCUGAUUGCCUUUGGCUUGUUUGGCUUCGCGUUCACGGCACGCUUGAUCCCCAAGUUAGGCCCAAGCUUCAAGAAGGCCGGUUUGCAAGGGCGAGACAUGUCCAAAUCAUGCCCUGUAGAACCGAUUCCAGAGUCUAUGGGGAUUGUUUCAUCCGUGACAUAUAUUAUAUUGCUCGUACUUAUCAUUCCAUUCGUGUUUUUCAAGUACUUGGUGUCGUAUUCGUCAAUUGCUAAUGACGACGAUAUGCUAGCCAAUUAUAGAACACAAUACAAAACCUCCCAGGGAAAUCAACUCUUUCCUCACAAUAAGUUGGCAGAAUACUUGAGUGGAGCCUUGUGUCUACUAAGCACGAUUCUCUUGGGCAUCUUCGACGACUUGUUCGAUAUUCGCUGGAGACAUAAGUUUUUUUUGCCAGCAGUCGCCUCUCUUCCGUUGCUAAUAGUGUACUACGUGGACUUCAGUGUUACAUCAAUUGUUGUCCCUGGCUUUAUCACAAAGUCACCAGCCGGAGUGUGGGUUUUGAUUGCCUUCAAUCAAGUAUUUCAAGCGACAAAUUCGUUUAUCACUCGCAUCACAGGCCUCAAGUUCACCACUCUUGCCAUUGAUUACGAUAUUAAUAGUACGGUACCAAGCCUCCUUGAUUUGGGAAUUUUUUAUUAUGGUUAUAUGUCAGCAUUGUCCAUAUUUUGUCCCAAUGCCAUCAACAUUCUAGCUGGUAUAAAUGGUUUGGAAGUGGGACAAUCCAUUGUUUUAGGCGUAUUACUAUUAUUGAAUGACAUCUGUUACCUAUCAACAUCAUCAAUAUCACAGGCUGCCCGUGAUUCACACUUAUUUUCAGCCAUCUUUCUCAUGCCUUUCAUAGGGGUGUCAGCUGGACUCUACUUAUACAAUAAGUAUCCCUCCCAGGUUUUUGUGGGGGAUACCUACUGCUAUUUCAGCGGCAUGGUCUUCGCUGUCGUUGGUAUUUUGGGACACUUUUCGAAAACAUUGUUGAUGUUGUUCUUCAUCCAAAUCGUGAACUUUCUUUACUCCGUACCCCAAUUGUUUCAUGUCGUGCCUUGUCCAAGGCACAGAUUACCCAAGUAUAAUCCCUCAGAUAACUUGAUGUAUCCGAGUUAUGCGACAAUAGAUGAAAAAGGAUUUGGUAGAAUGCUUCUUGCCAUACUUUCAAGCUUAAAGUUUGUCGCAGUUAAAAGGAGCGAACUGGGAGAAAUCACAGAAUUUUCGAAUCUUACAAUCAUCAAUCUUGUUUUGGUAUGGUUUGGUCCUCAAAGGGAGGACACUCUUUGCAAUCUUCUUCUAGCGAUACAAUUUUGCAUUGGCCUUUUCAUGCUUGUCUUGCGUCAUACUCUUGGUCCUUGGCUUUUCGGGUAUGAUAAUUUAUCGUGGGGAGUGAAAUAA